AUGGUUUUUACAUGGGCGGAACUUCAGCAGCAUAACACCCGGCAGUCGUGCUGGGUGGCCAUUCACGGUGCUGUCUACGAUGUGACCGACUUCCUCGAUUCACACCCUGGGGGCUCCAGAGUCAUUCUGCGUUGGGCCGGGAAAGAUGCCACCGAGGACUUUGACUCGGUGCAUUCCCUGGACGUCCUGACGGAGGCACUGCCGGAAACCGCUCUGCAAGGACAUGUUGAUCCAGCCGAGCUAACUCUAGUGAAGAAGCCUGAAAAUCUCGCUGGGACACCAUCAGAGUCCGAACGCAAGGAUCCACCGCCGCUGGGCACUAUGCUCAAUCUGAACGACUUCGAAGAAGUGGCCAAGCAGCAUCUCCCGGCCAACGCCUGGGCCUAUUAUUCUUCAGGGGCCGACGACGAGAUCAGCAAGCGAAACAACCGCCGGGCUUAUCAAAAGGUGGCUCUGCGGCCUCGAAUUCUGAAGAAAGUUCUUAGUGUGGACACGGCAACUUCAAUUCUGGGCCAUUCCGUAUCCCUUCCGGUCUACAUGUCUCCCGUGGGCAUCGCAAAGCUAGCUCAUCCUGAGGGCGAGUGUGCGUUUGCCCGAGCAGCGGGCAAGGAAGGCCUCGCACAGGUCCUUGCAAAUGGCUCGAGCAUGUCCAUUGAGCAGGUGAGGCAGGCGCGUACCUCCGAGGAUCAACCCCUCUUCUUCCAAUUGUAUGUCAAUAAAGACAUCAACAAAUCCAAGGACAUGGUGAAGCGUGCUGUCGAGGCUGGAGCGCGUGGCAUUUGGAUCACCGUGGAUUCCCCCGUGGUAGGGAAGAGAGAAAUGGACGAGCGACUCAAUCUUGCUGUCACUGCACACGAUAGUGAUGCCCACGGCCAAGGGGUAGCAAAGAUCAUGGCGAGCUCGAUCUCUCCCUUCAUUGACUGGGAUAUUUUAUCCUGGAUUCGGGAACUCACGGAUCUUCCAGUGGUGGUAAAGGGCAUUCAGUGUGUUGAGGAUGCUGUUCUCGCCUAUGAGCAUGGCGUGCAGGGUAUUGUUUUGUCUAAUCAUGGCGGUCGCUCUCAAGACACCGCCCAAUCACCCCUUUUGACUCUCUUGGAGAUUCGCAAGUUUGCGCCCUUUCUGCUUGAUGCCAAGAUGCAAAUCUUCAUCGACGGUGGUAUUCGCCGGGGAACCGAUGUGCUCAAGGCGAUUGCUCUGGGCGCAACGGCGGUGGGACUCGGUCGACCGUUUCUGUUUAGUAUGUCGGCGGGAUACGGCGAGGCGGGAGUUCGUCGAAUGUUGGAGAUUCUGCGGCAGGAAGUGGAGAUGAACAUGGUGCUUCUGGGGGUCACCAAUUUGAAGCAACUGAGGCCAGAGAUGGUCAAUACAAGCCGGCUCGAGAGGGACAUGGUAGGCAGUGUCAAGCUUUGA